CCAGAAUCCCCCGAAUGAAUGCCCCUCGUAUGUAUCCCCAGUUGCCAACUCGCUUCGAAGCUCGCUACAUAACUCGGCGUGAGCGGGCGCUUGUUCUUCUAUGUCUACCACCAUCCGACUUUGCUCCCAACUCUUUUCAUCAUAUACAAGCCGCGCAAUAUACAAGAAACCGUUUAAUAUCUCGCUUCGAAUGUAUUCGCACCAAGACCAGGGACGCAGGCCCAAGACGAUGUCGCACGACAUCACCGUGACCUUCCUCGGAACGGCGAGUGGCGGCGGACCAACCGAAACGCGCAAUUGUUCAAGUCUUGUCGUGGAUGCACUCGGAGAUCAGACAUUAUGGAUGGUGGACUGCGCCGAGGGCACGGUCAGGCAAGUGUUGCAACAACCUUUCCGCGGCGGGGAUCGUGUCAAGCUCAGCAGGUUGACGAAAGUCUUCAUUACUCAUAUGCAUGCCGAUCACACAGCAGGUGUCCUCACGCUGCUCCGUAAUACGCUUGGUAUUCCCAAAGCUAGAGCACGAUCCCGGUCACCUCAUGCGACUCAACUACCUCCCGCGCUCGCGCCACCCACCGCGAAAGACCAACCUGUCGCAUCGUCAUCUUCCGCACAAGCCUCAGCUGCUUCACACGAGUACCCUCAACAUGACCCCGAAGUCCGAACGGAUCCGCCUCGCAUCGAGAUCUUCGGCCCUCGCGGGCUGCGCCGUUUCCUGCGACUACAGAUGCUCUUCACGCAUACGCAUUCCCAGGACCGCUACGCCGUGCACGAGCUUCUCACCGCUGACCAAACCCCUUCCUGCCCUGGCGACGUUCCUCAUGAUUCGGACCACGGCGCGACCGAGGAAGACCGGCUGGUGGAUAACGAAGCACCGGGCCAAGACAUCCGGUGCGACGCGCAAGGCUUCUGGCGAGGGAUCGUCGACGAGGACAUCGGCUCCGGAUCCGGUUGGUGGAGCUCGUCGUCGGAACAGAAGGGCUUCGGAAAAGUCGUCGUCGACGCGGGGCCAAUUGACCACCGCGACCCCUGCAUUGGCUACGUGAUCCGUGAGCUUCCUCACUUGCACGAGCCUGCUGCACUGCAAACACCGAUCCCCACUCCGCGCAAGCUCGUCAUUCUCGGCGAUACGUUCAACGCGGAUGCCUUGAUUCCCCUCAUUGACCCGCCCUCUGCCAACGCCACCGCUACUGCGAGCGGCAGCGCGACCCGACCUAUCGAGGUAGACAUGGACGUAGACGUGGACUCGCCACCGGGUGACGCGUCGAUUGGGAUUGAAGACGCGACCGUGACACCCGACGUGCGGAGCCUCAUCGCACGAACACCGGUAUCCCUGCUGAUUCACGAAGCGACGGAUGCAUACAUACCGCCAUCGGUCGAUCCGCAGGAGAAGACUGGCAAAAACAGAACCGCCGAGAUUGUCAAUGUCAAGACGCGCGACAGAGGGCAUAGUACUCCUGCCAUGGCAGGCGAGUUCGCAGGGAAAAUCGGUGCAGAGCGACUCGUACUCAAUCACAUAGGUGCUCGCUUCCCCGCGCCCCCGCUUUCGACUCGUACGGGAUGGGAGAGGUUCCAGCUCGCGUGUAUACGUGAGAUUGAGAAACAAGCGCACGCAACUUGGAGGCCCCCCAAAACGCGUCCUCCCACAUACGUGACCGCUGCAUACGACUAUUACAGGGUCGUCAUCCCGCCUAACCGGAUGCCCCGCAGCCCCGAGGAUGAGCGUGACGGGCAGCGGGUGGAGUGGGACGUGGCGCACCGCGAUCGCUCACGAGAACGGCACGCGGAGCGAUUCGACCGGAGAGAAGAAGGCUCGCAGGCACGGAGACAAACGGAACCGCGGUAUCAAGCCCGUAUCGAAGCUGAAUCCAGCAAUCAGCCUGUCGAUUCGAGCCGGAAGCUGCCCCCGCGGAACGAAGUGCCCCCGUUUGUUCGUUCAGAACUUGCCCAGCAGUCUCGAGAGAGGUGGGAAGCUCUCGCGGUCCAGGGCAGCCUCGUCAGCGAGGUGGACUACAGCCAGCAUCCUGCCCUGCGGGCGAGCGUCGCCGGGAGGAAUGUCGAGGGGCAUGGUGCACGGGUGAACGACAACGGCAAACGGGAUCGGACCGUCAGCUCUGGUGACAGUACUCGUGGACAGAUUCGCGGUUACGAUGGAGGCGACCGCGGUGGGCGUGGUCGGGAUGUCUCGGUGAGGGGCAUACAUACUGAGUCGAGGGGUGGUACUCAAUGGCGCGGGAGAGGGAACAAGCGAGGCAGAAAGUAAGAGUUUCGUUUCAGCUCUCUUGCGUGACCGUGGCCGUGCUCCUUGCAGCCACGGAUAUGAUCCACCAGAAUCUCAAGAAAUCUGUACAGUCAGUUAGUAGAAUAUUGCCUUGCGAUGAACAAUCGUGUUCCUUCGAUCGGAGCGUAUGUAUCAAUCAUCAGC